AUGGAUCCUAAGUUGAAUUCUAAUGAAACUUUUUAAUGUUAAUAUUGCCAAGUUUAUGUAAAUAAAGCAUGCUAACAAGUUCAUUAUGUCAAUUGUUAAUCGGUUAAAAAUGUAUACUACUUAAAUUAUUAUAGUAAAAUUAAUAAGGUAUAACUAAUAACAAUGAUUAUAAAUCCUUCACUCCUUAUAAUAAUAAUCAAAAUUAAUCAAAAGAUACUUUUACACAUUCCCAACAGAUUUAUGUUAAGCAUGUUCCUUUAAAAGUUCAAUAAUAAAAUAAUACAGAUAUAUAAAAUACAUAAAAGGUCCUUCCAACUUUUCAGUUUAUUUAGCGGCCUAUCUAAAAUUAAGAUACUUAAAAAUAAGGGAAUUAACAAAAUUAAUAAUCAUUUACCCAAACCAACUCAAAUUCUGACAGUCAAUAAUAAGAUAAUAGGUUUGUUUCUAAAGAGUUCUCAUUUUACAAUAAGAAUGUAAAUUAGGAAUUAUUUCCUUUACCGAAAUUCUCACAGCCACCCUCUUUUGCUUCAUAAAAUACAAAUCCAGGGUUAAUUCUAUUAAACUAAUAAUAAUUAAAUUCUAAUGGAAAUUAGUCGAAACCUGAAUAUGGUUUCAAUCAGUUUUUAAACAAUUAACAAAGUCAAAGUUAAUAAUAGAAUUAAGAAAAGUCUAAGAUAUUUCUAACUUAAAAUCUAAACAACAAUGUGAGUAUAAAUUAACAAUAACAAUUCCCAGCUCCUAAAAAAUAAGAUAAUAAUGAAUAGAAGUUGUUCAAAAUCAAUGUUCCUCCUUAAACUAGCAAUAUGAUUCGGAGUGUAAAUAUUUAGUAGUUCUAACCUUAAUAGAAUUAGCAACAAUAAUAACAGAGCAUUUCUAUUAGUCAAAACAACAUUUCAUCCUCUCGUUUCAAUUAAUUAUAGAAUACUCGAUAGCCUGAUAAUCACUAACCUACUAGUCACUCCCAACCAAUAUAAGGAUAGCCAACUUUCCCUCCUUAAUUUUUAAUUCCUUAGAUGCCAUAGAAUAUCCAGCCACCUCCAUCAAUUUCAUCCUUUUUGACUAGAUUUAAGUAUAACCCAUAAAAUGAAGAAGAGGACGAUGAUGAUGAUGAUGAUAAUGAUUCAGAUAAUUCACGCAGCAGAGGAUUACCUAAUUUUGAUGUAAACAAAUAAUAUACUGAUAUUGAAGUCAAUAGAAUGAAUUAAGAAUAAAUCUACCAGUAUUUUUCAAAUUUAUAUAUUAAUGAAAACCAUGGAUAUUCAGAAGAUUAAAUCAAUGAAAAAAUUAAUUAGAAUUUUUCAAUGAGAGUAGAUGACAAUAGAAUUGAUAUAUGUGUAAUAUGCUAAGAAUCAUUUACUUAAGAAACCUUUACUACAGAUAAGUAGUUACCAUGUUCCCAUUUAUUUCAUGAGAAAUGUCUGAUAGGAUGGUUGAAACGAUCCAAAUAAUGUCCAAUCUGCAAAACAGAGGUAGAACUAUGA